UUUCCGCGCUCACACGCGAUGGUUCGGUCCGACGUGCGGUGGUUCAGUCCGGCGCGAGAGCAUGGAAUCCACGACAGAGCCCGAGUCCAUCCUUGCGAUGUUCCAGGAGUACAGCGAGUUCCCUACCCCCCUGAGUGUGGCCCUGAGCUCUGACACCCCCCACAGCCAUGGAGAGAGGAGCAUCACCCUUUGUACCGAGUGGAGCCAAAAAGGAAUAGGGACGAGGCCCGGGAGCAGCCUGCGGUUCCAGAAGCAAUACAAUCUGGUUUGCGGCGAAAGGACCGUGAUCCGGACUCUGCUCCCAGGCCCCUGCAACCAGCUGCUGGGAGAGUUGCUGACCCGAGAGUCUCCUUCUGGAACGCUGAAGGCCGUUGUCAGGGAACAAACUCGUGAAGGUGUGACACAUCAGUUCUUGGAGAUAUGGAGCAAACAUAGAAUGAUGAAAAACAUUGACCUCACUUCCUUAAACAAACAUGGAAAAGUGUAUGAUGAUGCUCAGUUUGGCUGUCUGGCCUGGUCUCCAUGUGAGGGCAAGGUGCUGUAUGCUGCAGAGAUGAAGCAGGGUAAGGUGGGCUCAUCCUCUGUUCUGGAAGAGACCAGGGCAGCCAGAGAUGACGCUAAGGCGGGACCUUCUGGAGAGGAAGUGACGGGUUGGAAGGGACACUGCAAUGUGUACCAGGAUGACUGGGGAGAGGGUCUGGCCAGUAAGAGUACUCCAGUGCUCUGUGUGGCAGACAUUAGCAAGGGCACGGUGCUGCUGCAGCAGGGAAUCCCACCACAGGUGUCCCCAGGCCAGGCUCUUUGGGCACCAGGAGGUGAUGGUGUCCUCUUUGUGGGUUGGUGGCAUGAGCCCUUUCGCCUGGGACUGAAGUUCUGCUCCAACAGGAGGUCUGCUCUGUUUCAUGUGGACCUUGAAGGGAACUGUGAGUUGCUGUCCUCAGACUCCAAUGCAGUGUCAUCUCCACGCCUCAGUCCAGAUGGACGCUACAUUGUAUACCUGCAGGGCCAAGUGUUUGGACCCCACAAGCAGUGUCUCAGUUUGCAUGUGUAUGACUGGAUGAGGAAGAAGGUCACUCUCUUGGUGGAUGUAGUCAACAGACCAAUAGAAGGGGAGUUUGCAGGACUCUAUGAGGCCUUGCCGGAACACUGCUGGUCCUCUGACAGUCAGAGGGUGGUUUUCAGCAGCCCCAGGAGAAACUGGAAGGAGCUCUUUGUGGUAGACAGAUUCACAAGAAGGGUCACUCGCCUUGUUGACAAUGAGGAAUUUGGCUGUUGGAAGCUGCUGGCCAUAGAACAGGACUUGAUGGUGGUUUGCUGUUCAGGACUCAACUGUCCACCAUGCCUGAGAGUGGGAUUCCUGCCUCCUCCUGGAGGUGAAGCAGGAGUGAUAUGGACUUCGCUAGAAGAGCCUCAUCAGAUCCACAUGUUGGACUGGAGGGUCUUGGAUGUCACCCCUACUGUGCAGGAAGAGAAUACAGAGUACUCUGGCCUGGAUUUUGGGGCCCUGCUGCUGAAACCCAGGGGUACCAGGGGAGGGUCUAAGAUUCCAUUGGCUGUGUUUGCCCACGGUGGACCCCACUCCCAGUUCUGUGCUGAGUGGAAUGUGUUCUCUGCAGCGCUGGCCAGGGUGGGCUUUGCUGUGCUUAUGGUGAACUAUCGGGGAUCUACUGGGUUUGGACAGGACAGCAUCCUCUCUCUCAUUGGCAACGUUGGCAGCCAGGAUGUCAAGGACAUGCAGAGAGCAGUGAUGACUGCCUUGCAGAGUGACGCGACCCUUGACCCUAAGCGAGUAGCAGUGAUUGGCGGCUCUCACGGUGGUUUUCUAGCAUGUCACCUGAUUGGCCAGUAUCCAGACUUCUACAGAGCAUGUGUGGCCAGGAACCCCGUAAUCAAUGCUGCCACCUUGUUGGGCACCAGUGACAUUGUUGACUGGCGCUAUUCUGUCCUUGGGCUACAGUACUCGUACGACCGACUGCCCAGUCCUGACGAUCUGACUCUCAUGCUUCAGAGUUCUCCGAUAGUACACGCCUCACAGAUCAGGAGCCCGGUACUCCUGAUGUUGGGAGGAAAGGACAAGAGGGUAUGUCCGCACCAAGGCCUGGAACUUUACCGCGCACUGAAGAGUAGGGGCUCCCCUGUCAGGUUACUGUGGUACUCCGAGGACGGUCACACUUUGUCUCGCGCAGAUACCCAGGCUGACUGCUUCCUCAACACAGCUCUCUGGUUCCUGCAACACCUGGAUCUGCACUGAACAGUCUCUGUGUGUGGUCAGCUUGACCGGACCUUAGCUGAGCCCAUGCAGCUCAAAUCCAUGGAAGCCUUGAUUUUUGCUGGUUAUGGGCCCUGCACUUGAUAUGGACCAGUGCUGAAUCUCCAGGAAUGAGUCUUACUCAAGUCUGGCUGCCUGUUCUAUCUGCUCUGCUGCUACUUACCUGUGUCCCCCUUGUUGCCAAGGAAACUGCCUCAAAAGAUGCUGGUUCUAGACUCACUAGCUCACCCCCAGCUGUUACCUCUUUUUCACUGAGGGUUUGAUUGAGGUUAAGGUAAGUAUACGUGCCAUGCUGAACCGUCAAUUUACAAGUUAUUACUGUAAAUGGUAAAUGCAGCAUUUGCAAAACACUGCCAUAGUUCCUCAUAAUGGUUUAAUCAGUGAUCAUGAUGGUGGAUUUAAAGAAAAAGAAUAUUGACAAUGAGAAUGACAAAGAAUGACAUCUUAUUUGUUAAUGCAGAUGGCAGUGUCAGAAAAUGUUAAUUGUACUUAAUAAUUUUGCCAUUCCUGGCAUUCUGUCAGUCACAUUUCUUUUUACACAUGAAUGAGCUGUAGAAAACGUGAACCAUGAAUGUGCUGCAGUUUGAAGUGUGGCAUUUUGUAACAAAGGCUGCAAUACCCAAAGUGCACAACAGGAGGCAGUAAAGGAAUGUUCACCCUUGAACAUACACAUUUAGUUCUGAUAGUUCUGGCUGUUUUAUUCAGUUCCUUUUUGUAUUUUGCUGCUAUCCCCAUCACCAUAAUUAACUGCAUAUUUAACAGUUUUGUCAGACAGAUUUCCUGUGGCAGCCAAUGUUUACAUACUAGCUAUGAAAAUGAAGCUAUUCAGGGCUCUCCACCUGGUAAGAUGAUCUGGUCUUUUGCAGAACAGCACUAUAGAGCUUUCUAGGAAAAUGAAUUGGUAAUUAGUUUUUUCCGAAAUAUC